AUGGAGAUUUUUAAAUUGAUUGUGGAAAAUCCAGAAAAACCUGUUGCAUCUGGACUUCAAGUUACAGCUUUUGUGGAGUAUUAUCCUGAGAGUGAAGAUGAUCUCCAAGAUAGACUACUUCUUUUAAUAGAAGAUGACAUAGUUGAUAUCCCCCUCCUUGGAUUAAUUCCGUGCUGUUAUCUGGAAAUUGAGUCAGAGAUUAAUUUUGGUGCAGUGAUUGCAAACAGUAAAAUAAUUAGUAAAGAGAUUAGUAUUGCUAACCAUGGAUCAGCUUCAGGUACGUUUAAAAUAUCAUAUGAUGGAGUUGUCCUGCUUAACAUAGAACCUACCAGUGGAGUGGUAGAGCCGAAAUCUGUAAAGACAGUUAAAGUGGAUAUCUGCACAGAUGUACCCAGAAUCAUCAAAGAAGUGAUAAUAGUGGAGUUGGAAGGUCAUGGCUGCACUGAAGUAUGGAUCAAAGCUGUGGUGGUUGAACAAGUUCUUAAAGUUCUAGGAGUGUCUUGUGGAAACAUGUUGGAAUGCAUUAACUUUGGACCAGUUUACUUUGGAUCUUCAAAGACUGAACAAAUAUCUUUAUACAAUGAAAGUCCUGAGUGUGUGGACUGGGUAGCAGUACUGGAAGACAAUGCCAUUGGAGGAGAGAUGGGGACAGAUCUUCAGAGGAGUGCAGAUGCUGUUUUACAAGACUUAAGCCUCAAAAAUAGGACAAGAGAUGUAGAUGUUUCCACCUUGAUCUUGUGCAUUCCCAAUCAAGGAACCUUGCUACCUUAUGAGAAAUCUUUGGUUACAUUGUGCUUUAGUCCAAAAAAAUUUAAAAGGGACUUCGGAGUGAAUGACUCAUCACUGAAACAAGAUUACGUACUGUUUCUGAGAUUUGAAGCCGUUGGGAAUAAAGAUGGCUAUCUGCAGGCCCUCAGCGAUGGUGCCACAGCAAUCACAAGUAUUCAUCCUCAUCACAUGGAGUUAGCUUUGACAGGUUCUGGGCUUCCUGUCAUGUUAACUUUUAAUCCAGGACCAGUUAUUAAGUUUAUGGACUGUUUCCUGGGUGAACAAACACAAGUUCUAUGCACGCUCAAAAAUGAAUCCGAGUCUCUUCCAGUAACGUUCAGCUUCCGCAAGACUGCUCACUUUAAUAUUUCUCCUGAAAAAGGAAAAAUUAAAAAAAUAUCUGCAAAGGAUGUGAUAUUUUCAUUUUCUCCGCAUCAAAUAGGAACAUUUAAAGUGAAGCAAGCUAUUGAUAUCAUUGGUACAGGACUAGAGAAAAAUAAUUUACAGGUUUUGAAGACAAAAUCCUUUCACCAAAUAUAUUUGAGCUUUAUUGGUGUCUGCAAAUCUAAACAAAAAACCAUUCUAUUCAAAAUUAAUCCUGGUAUAACACCAAUGAUUUCCAAUGCAACUGGACAGUUUGUAGCUGAUGGCACAGGACAGUGCACUGAUACAGCACCUGUGGCAAUACUUAAAUCAACCCAAACACAAAUUCAUACUCACUGGAUAAACAGGAAUUGUAAGGGUGAUGCACUUAUAGCUUUUCCUAAUGACCGUGCAGCCAGCAUUAGGCCUAGUGAAUGGAAUAAAAAGUACAGGACUAUUUUCACAAAGACUGAGAGAUAUAAUUAUAUAGAUCCAGAGUUUUCUUAUACUGACUGUGAACGACUGUUAAAAGAAGCACAUAAGGUAUACUACGCAGACUUCAUUUCUAGUUUAAGACAGCGUCGUUUACAGAAAGAUGCCGCUAGGCAGUUUUAUAUUUAUAAUAAUUCUGUGAGCAUAGGCCUUAAACCAGCUGAAGGGCUUAUGUCACCAAAGAUCUCGAUCAUAGAUUUUCACAAGGAAAAGCUACAGUGCAAAACGCUUCCUUCAGAUGAGAAUUGCCUAUUAACUAGUCGAAAAUUGGCAGCAAUUGGUUCUAAACCUUCAAUCAAAGAAAUUUGGAGUGGGCUUGCUGCUACGCCAUCUUCUACCCAAGAGAAGGAAGAUUGUAGUCUAACUUUGACAUCCAAGCAGCUUCAUCAAAUACUGAUUGGCCCUUCUACUAUGGAUUUUGGUGAUGUUUGUGUGUAUUCUACAGCAGCCAGAAAACUGCACAUCAUCAAUAACUUGUUAGUUCAUAUAUGGAUACAAAUUGAGAUUGCAAUUGAUGAAUUACAGCAGACGAGUCCAUUGUCUCAGGUGGUGCCUCCUCUUACAAAGACUCAUAUUCCAAUUGUAUUCGAGACAAACACUCUUGGAAUGUUUAAAAGAUCUUUCACUUACACAAUAAACAACCAACACCUUGGGCAUGUGCUGGUAGUUGCAAAAGCAGUAUCUGUUGAACUUGAGCUGUCUGCAAGGGAACUGAUUUUAAAUCCUAUUCCUGGCUACCUAGCAGAGACAGAAUUUAGAGCGACUGUCAGGGUAUACAAUCCCAGAAACCACCCGGCGGAAUUGUCUUGGAAACGGAUAAUUACAGAGAGAGGAACUGCAUUUUCUAUACAGCCAGCCAAAGGCUUUGUGGAGGCCUAUAGAGAUCUGGAGUGUGAAGUUGUUUGGCAGCCAGGGUUCAACUCUCCAGAAGCAGGAGAAUUCAACUUGUGUGUGCGUAAAGGAAACACAAUUAAGCUGAAAUGUUUUGCAAAGCUCGGUACUACUAAAGUUCAGUUUAUGGAACAAAGGAUACCCUUCAGUCAUAGUCCAAUGGGUUUAUCAACUUGUAAGACAGCCAUUCUUCAAAACAUAGGGUACAAUCAUGCGUAUUUCCAAGUUCUUGAUUCAAACCCACUGCCUGGAAUGAUGAUCACCCCUUCUGAAGGGGUGGUACCUGUGGGAGGCCAUGCUGAUCUCAAAAUCUGUUUCACUCCGAAUGCAAAAAUGAGUUUUGAUACAAGAGUGGAGGUAGCAGUGCGAAAUUCUGGAGUACUAGUGCUUAGGAUUGGUGGAUUUGUAGAGAUCCCUGAAAUAAACAUUGAUGUGGAACUAUUUGACUUUGGUGGUGUUUAUGUCGGUUCUACAAAAUCAAUUCCCUUUUUGCUGCAGAACAAAGGACAAGCGUGUACCAGAGUGGAGUUUGAUUUUUCUAAGUAUAAGGAUUUUAAACUGAAUGCUAAUGACCAUUCAGUGGUUGACUGCUGUUCUUCAAAGCCUUAUUUGUAUUCGGUUAACUUAAAGGGAAAGUCAGCUUUGCCAUGCUUGUUGUCCUUCAUGCCAAAAGAGCUUAGAAGCAUAAGUAUUCAACAGCAUUUUAAAGUUUUUGUUGUACUUGAAAGAUUGUCAAUACAAAUGAGAAACAAAAUGCUGCUUCGUAACUGCAGUUAUAUCUAUGGCUUACUAGAAGCUAACACUAAACAGAGAAGGCAGGAUGAUCCUCCUGCUAGCAGCAGUGUCAUGAAUGGUCUGAUUCCCACCCUCAACCUGACAACUGUGUUUGAGUUUAUUUUUUAUGCAUGA